AGUUAGUUUCUUUUUUCUAUAAAUAUACUUUUAGACAGCACAAAAGGAAACUGAAGGAGAGGCAGUGUAGAGAAAUACGGAGAGCUGUCAAAAGGUUCAGGGUUGAAGACUCUGGACGAAAAUCAAUGGGGUCUCUGGGAAUAAGUGAGAUUUAUGAUAAGAGCAGCUUUAACGAGAUGGAGUUUGAAUUCGACCCCAGUGCCCCUCCUCCCUUUAGGCUGGCAGAGAUACGAAAUGCCAUCCCUAAACAUUGUUGGGUUAAAGAUCCAUUUAGGUCCUUGAGCUAUGUUGUCAGGGGCGUAGUAUUUGUUGCUACCUUGAUUGUCAUAGCAAUUCACUUGGAUAGUUGGUUAUUUUACCCAGUUUACUGGGCUAUCCAAGGCACCAUGUUUUGGGCAAUCUUUGUUCUUGGACAUGAUUGUGGCCAUGGCAGCUUUUCAGACAGCCAGUUGCUAAAUAAUGUGGUUGGUCACAUACUUCAUUCUGCCAUUCUGGUACCCUACCAUGGCUGGAGAAUCAGCCACAAAACUCACCAUCAGAACCAUGGAAAUGUGGAGACUGAUGAGUCUUGGGUGCCGAUGCCUGAAAAGCUAUACAACAAAGUGGGUUAUUCAACCAAGUUCCUAAGAUACAAGAUCCCUUUUCCCUUGUUAGCAUAUCCAAUGUACCUGAUGAAGAGAAGUCCAGGAAAAUCUGGUUCUCAUUUCAAUCCAUACAGUGAUUUGUUCCAACCCCAUGAGAGGAAGAAUGUGGUUACAUCAACUCUGUGCUGGACUGUCAUGGCAGCUCUCCUCGUCUAUCUGUGCAUUGCCUUUGGUUCUCUGCAAAUGUUUAAGAUUUAUGGCGCUCCUUACUUGAUUUUUGUAAUGUGGCUAGAUUUUGUUACCUACUUGCAUCACCAUGGUUACGAGAAGAAGCUUCCCUGGUACCGCGGCAAGGAAUGGAGUUACCUUAGAGGAGGACUAACCACAGUUGAUAGAGACUACGGAUUGUUUAACAACAUACAUCAUGACAUCGGAACACAUGUUAUCCACCAUCUAUUUCCUCAGAUACCACAUUAUCACUUGAGAGAAGCGACCAAAGCAGCAAAGCCUAUACUUGGCAAGUAUUACAGGGAACCCAAGAAAUCAGGGCCAAUUCCUUUUCACUUGGUUAAGGAUUUAACAAGGAGCAUGAAGCAGGAUCAUUAUGUUAGCGAUUCCGGGGAGAUUGUUUUCUAUCAGACCGAUCCACACAUCUUUCGAUCUGCUCCAAAGGAUGAAUGAGUGAGAAAGAGAAAUCAAAAUAAUCUCAUUAACUCGUUUCACAAACUUGGUGUUAGCUAUAGUUUUAUAAUUGAAACCUAUUGAAAAAAUAGGUUUGAGAGCUUUUUGUUAGUCGAUAAGAUUGUGUUCCCAUUAUUUCUCUCUUGAAAACAAAGCUACAAGAAAGAACAGGGCUUUUUUUAACGCUUUUUGUGCCUACAUGUUUCAUGGUUUAUUUCUAUUCCAUCAAUCUUGGCUUUCCCUUUUUUCUU